AUGGCGCAAAUUCAGCUAGCUGGGAACUGCUUCGAAGACCUGGACCCCUCGAAGGAUGUGUGGUCUGAGCUGCGUCAGUUUGGGAUUCUAUACCGGGUCCCAAGAUCCCAAUUUCCUAAGCCUAUAUGCGGCAAGAUUUUAACACACUGUCGAAGACAGGUAGAAGCAUUCCGAGCCCGGAUUGGACUCGCCUUAUGUGUCUUCAAAAUAGGAGUCACAAGAAACCCUCCAAGUCGUUUUGUGGAUUACGCGUCAAAGGGUUUCACCGAAAUGUGGGUUGUCUAUAUGGGGGACGACCUUGGACUUGUACAUAUGCUGGAAGCUGCUCUAAUUUCUCAUUGCGUGCACCAAGCAGGCUGUCGAAAUAUGCCAGAUACAGGAGGCGAGGGUGCUCUCAAUAGAACCCACAAUGGGGGACCUCCUUUUUAUGUUUAUGUAACUGGGGGACGGGCUGACCAACCAAGAAGAGUCCCUUGCUCCCACGCCGUGCAGACUGCCCGCGCCUCGCUGGCAGACAAUCCUGGGGGAGGCACACCAGCCCUGAGGAGGUUUGCUGCACUCCCACUCAGGGAUGCUGAGACAGGAGUGCACCGCAUCUUUCAGGAGACAGGCUUGGCAGCCCCUGUUCCAGUUUCCCACGUGGACGUUGGCUUGGAAGGUACCAGGUGGCCUGUUCUGAGAAUUCGUGACUGGGUUCGAUAUCUCCUGGACACUGGGCGGCUCUGGAAGCAGCUUUGUGGCGUGCCAACUAUGAGGGAUAUGACAAUUAGACUUGAGGAGUUUUGGAGGCGCUUCAGACGCCUCCACCCAGAACACGAUGUUUUCCGAAGGGCUGAGUGUGGUCGUCUUCAGCUGCCGUUUGCAGUGCCUAUCUGGAGCCAUUCGGACGAAGGAAGAAGCCAAAAGCAGAGAGCUAUCAUGGUGCUUUCUGUCCAUGGCUGCUUAGGUCGUGGGACCCAGGCUUAUCUAGAUGAUGUGGCCCGGGAUUCGACAAAGCGAGAAGGAAUGGGGCUGAACUUUGUAGGCCCUUCCUGGAGCACUCAAUUUUUGUUCGCAGUCAUGCUACGGGAUGUGUAUGCAAAGAAGCCGGAAAUUCUUCAAAGGCUUGCAGGGGCAUUUGCCUCGGAAUUGGCCCACUGUGCCACGGAUGGUGUGGCGGAUGCUUUAAGGCCAAAUAAUCCAAUUUGGCUGGUGCCAUUGGGCACAAAAGGUGACUUGGUUGCCCUGUGCAAGCUGGGCUCCUUCGAGCGGAGCUAUGCCCGUGUGCCCAAGACUGGACAAUCCAAGACGCUAUGCAGUGGCAUCUGCCACCUUUGCCUCGCUGGCCGUGAGUCCGAAGAACCUGAGGCGACGAUCCCUUUCGAGGACUUGAGCUCAAGCCCAGCGUGGCAUCACACGAUGUUCCAGGAGCGACCGUGGCGUAACCGGCCUGCGAUAUUGGAAGGGGCAAUGGUGCAGCCCGAGGCCCCGGAGGAGUACUUUCGCCUGGACAUCUGGCACAACUUCCACAUGGGUGUGGCCAAGACAUGGCUGGCUUCCAGUUUCAUCGUGUUCUGCAACAUGAACCUCAUUUUGGGCGCGAGUGUGCUGGAGAAGUUUGACAACUUGACAUCCCAAUACAGGGAUUUCUGCCACGCGAAGAGGCUUGCGAUGCACAUCCAAGGUUUCACCAGAGAUACCCUCGGGAUUUCUUCCGACAACAGCUUCCCCGCCGGGCAUUGGAACAAGGGAGCAGCGUCUACAAAUCUCAUGCUCUUCCUGCAGUUUCUUUGCGAGAGAUUGGUUAUCGCAACAGAAAGCGAGAACCCGUUGUUACUGGCUGUGGUUGCUUGGCUUUCAUUUACACGUCGUGUCUUGUUGUUUUGUUAUUCUGUGCUGUGCUGGUGUUUACCUCAACAGCCACCAUGA